AAUAGCGAUCUUCGUUAUCUAUGUUUCUGGGACGAUCAAACAUCACGACAUUGGUCACGACCAUGAACGUCAUAUUAGAAUGAAGUAACAACAUCCAGGUUAUUCUAAGGUUCAUUUUCUUGGCCGAUCGCGUCGUUGAAAAAUUAAUUACAGUCAGAAUUCGAAGUUUUGAAGCUAACGGCACCUAAGUAUUUUCACGUGAUCACUCAACAAUUGCUUGGAACGUCGAGCGAGAGACUCAAACGGUAAACUAUGAUAAUAUUGCAUUCAAUUUUUCAUUAUUGCCACAUACUGUCAUUUUCAAAAGGUCCCUCGCAGUGUGUGUGUGUGUAGCAAAAUACGUUCUACAAGAUCGCCAUGUUCAGUACUGCUCGAAGCAACGAAAUAUAAGGAAGCACCGAAUCUGGAUAUUGUCAGUUCUGGUCACGAUCGAGGUAAACAGGAAUUACACACGAUGCUGAGUCCGUGGUUCGGAGUUUUGCUGGUACUCUUCAAUAUUACCGAUGCGAUCAUCGAAGUAAACGUUACAGUUGGCCAGCUAGGAGUAGCCACAGGAAGAUUGGACAGAUCGAAGUGGAGCCAGAGACAAUUUCACUCCUUUCAAGGAAUCCCCUUCGCCGAACCACCGAUUGGAAGUCUCCGCUUCGCGCCCCCAGUGAAGGUGAUUUCUUGGAAGGAUUACUACCUCGACGCAAAGAAUUUCAGAAACAUUUGUCCCCAAACCAAGCAACCCGGUUACGACGUUGAGGGUUACGACGAAGAUUGCCUUCAUCUCAACGUCUACGUACCUGCGACAAAUGGGAAAGAGCUUUUGCCAGUUAUGAUUUGGAUUCAUGGUGGAUCUUUCAUGAGCGGACAUGCGCAGAGAUUUAAACCACAUUAUCUAAUGGAGUCUGACAUUAUUUUAGUCGUACCGCAAUUCCGACUUGGACCUUUAGGUCUGCUGUGUCUGGGGACAGAAGAGGUUCCAGGCAACGUUCAAUUUCUAGAUCAAGUGAUGGCUAUGGAAUGGGUGCGAGACAAUAUCGAGUCGUUUGGCGGUGACAGAAAUAGAGUCACGUUGUCUGGGCAAAGCUCUGGGGCUUACAGCGUUAAUUUACAUCUCUUGAGUCCAUUGUCACAAGGCCUUUUUCAUCGGACUAUCAUACAAAGUAACUCCGUUUACACACCGGGAAUGAUUGACAGAAAUCCCGUCAAAACAGCCGAGGAAAUUGCUGCAGUUUUAAAGUGUAACGUGGAGUCUGUCGAGCGCAUUACCGAGUGUAUGAAAAAUCUUUCUGCAAAAUCCAUCCUCGAAGGAUUUGACAAAUACGUGACCGUAAAUUCCGUCGAUGGAGGAGGCAGCUGGGGGGGAAAUCGUGCCGUUAUACAACGAACUGGGUCGGUUAGAUUUCUGACAGAAGAACCGAGCCUCUUAAUUGAGCAGGGAAAAUACUUGAAAGUACCAAUGAUAGGCGGUACAACUAGCCAAGAUGGUAGCCUCCUUGCGUCAGGUCUGUACGACGGACUAUCGUCGAUUGGAUUAUUAAAUGAUCCCAACUUUCUCAAGGAUAAACUGAUCCCCUUGAGUUUAAAAUAUAUUGGCGUACCAGACGAAACUGGUGUAUUUUCACAGAUACUGAUCGAAAAAUACUUCUCUAGCAGCGAACUGGGGGAUUUUUUGAAAAUGGUACCAGGUCUCAUUGAUAUUGGCAGUGUGCUAAUAUUCAAAGCCGGAAUGUACCGUAUGGUGCAUGAAAAUUCUCGUUUUCAACCAACGUUCAUGUACAGCUUCGAUUACCGCGGUAGUCAAACGAGAUUCGGUUACGAGUCUGUCAAAAAAUAUCCGUUCGACGGAGGCGUCGCGCACUCUGACGACUACAUCUACCUGUUCCCAUUCCCAGACAACCUUACAGAGGCCGACACAGUGAUUGCGAAAAGAAUGGUGCAGCUGUGGACCAGCUUCACGAUAAACGGAACUCCUUCUGCGGACUUUGUCAGCGAAUGGCCAAAGAUGUCGACUAGGGCUGGACCAUAUCUCAAAAUCGGAACCGAGACGAGGGUCGGCGAUAAUUAUUUUUAUGAAUACACAGUCACGAUUCACAAUAAAGCAACAUCGCUGGCCGCCAGUCUUGUGCAUUGUUUGUGCUAAUUCAAGAAAUAGAAAUAACUGACAUCAUGUGUCUAACGUUAACACUGAAGAAAGUCGAAAGAACUGAAGUUUUCAAAUGACAAAGUUUCUCAUCAAUUGGGACCUAUUUUUUUUU